AUGGCAGCAGAAGCAGCAGCAGGAGUCUGGGCCGCCGAGGAGGUCGUCAGCACCGGCGUUCAGGCUGGAGUUGGCGCGUACAUGGUAGCCAAACCGACUAUGCCCCUGAAGGCCACAUUCAACCAAAUUGCGACAGCAAAAGACGACGAAACAAGACUGUCGCUGGCCCGUGCGAACCAUACUCUCACGGUGGUCCAGGGAAAGGCGUACGUCUUCGGUGGCGAGACUGCGAGUGACAAGCUCGCCAGCAACGAAAUCCAUGCAGUCACACUCGAGCAUAGCGAUGAGAUUCCUCGAUUUGACUACUCGGUCCUCCCUGCUCUGGCCGAUGACAUCGAUGAAGGAAGCGGUCGAGUCCCAGCCGCCCGCUCCAAGCAUGCAGCGUGCCAAUUGAACGUUUGUGUUGCAGUAUUCGGCGGCGUUGACGAAAGCGGCAAGCUGGUGGACAGAGACCCAAUAGUCUGGCUGUUUGUUACCGCGAAGUCUUCCUGGCAAGCCCUCGAAGACGUGAGCGGCGGCAUAGCUCCGUCUCAACGGAGCAAUGCGAAGCUGUUCGAGGCAAACAACAACCUCGUCCUGUUUGGUGGCAUCGAUGAGAACGGUCAGGAGCUGAAGGACGUGUGGCACUUUCACUACGCGACGAGAGUGUGGACUCCGCUACCAAGUGCGCCGGUAGCCACUUCCAACGCCGCCGUGUCAGGCAACACACUCUACCUCAUCUCUUCUUCCGACAACAUGAGCAGUGAUGCUCAUGAGCUCAACUUCAGCAACUUCGAGUCCGCAGAAUGGAAGUCGACCUCUUUCCCAACCAAUCCUCUCACGCCAGGACCACGUCCGAGAGUCGGUGGUGGACUCUUGCCAGUGUCGACCGGCUUCGGCCGCAACUACCUUCUCUACUUCUUUGGUGCUCGGCAGAACCCACAUACCUCAGAAACGACUUCUCCUCAAGACACCGAAGAUCCAACACAAUGGGCCGACAUGUGGAGCUACCAGGUCGAGUCCAGCCAGCCAGAGGUCAAAGCCACCACGAAUAUCACCGAAGCACUGAAGCCGUCGAAGAUCAAGGACGCCAUUCGAUCGAAGCUUGGGUAUGACACGGGUAAUCACAGCUGGGCCGAAGUCGAAGUACUGCCUCCUGGUGAUCUUACGACUGGUGAAGGCAAAGUACAUCCUGGGCCGCGUGCAUACUUCGGAAGUGAUAUGGCCAGCGACGGCAAGAGUGUUGUCGUCUGGGGUGGCCUGAACGCAAAGGGCGAGAGGGAAGGCGAUGGUUGGUUGAUCACCCUUUCGUGA